CUCUCCCGGCGCGCGUGCACACUGCGGGUCGGCCCGGCGCUUGGGCCCGACUGUGGAGGCUGCUGCCUUGCCCCGUGAGGCCUGCAUGUCCGCGCCACCGCGGGACGAGGGGCCGCAGGGGGUCCGCGUGGACCAGACAUCAGCUGGACCCACGCGGGAGGCACGUGCAGCCGGGACAGGCGCCAUAGCCCGAGAGACGUGGACGGGACCCGGUGCUCCCGGACCCACGAGACGUGAAAUCGAGGCAGCAGCUCGGAAAGCCGGGAUGGAAGCACUCUUGGAGGGCGCCGCUCCCCAGAGCUCCGAGUCGGGGGAAACGCCCAAACCCGAGGGUGGGUUCAAGGUCGGGCCGGAGAACCCAGAAAGCUGUCGGAAGCAGGAGACCCACAAGGAAGACCCCACCGGGGACGGGGUGCCCGAGCAGGAUGAGCUAGCCGCCAGAACCCCUGAGACCAGCUGCAGCCCCCCGACUCCCCUCCAGAGGCGCGGUGCCCCAAGAAAGCGCAGGACCCUGAAGAAGGCAGCCGCCAGCGCGGAGGCUGCGGCGGAGCGAGGGGGCGGCGGCCCCAGCAAGCCGUGGAAGUGUGGGGACUGCGGGAAGGCCUUCAGCUACUGCUCGGCCUUCACGCUGCACCAGCGGACGCACACCGGGGAGAAGCCGUUCCCCUGCGCGGACUGCGGGCGCGCCUUCAGCCAGAGCGCGCACUUGGCGCAGCACCGGCGCGUGCACACCGGCGAGCGGCCCUUCGCCUGCGCCGAGUGCGGCAAGGCCUUCAGCCAGGGCUCCUACCUGGCGGCGCACGGGCGCGUGCACACGGGCGAGCGGCCCCACCGCUGCGCCGACUGCGGCAAGGCCUUCGCGCGCCCCACGCACCUGGCGCAGCACCGGCGCGUGCACACCGGCGAGCGGCCCUUCGCGUGCGGCCAGUGCGCCAAGGCCUUCCGCAGCCGCUCGUCGCUGCGGGAGCACCAGCGCAUCCACACGGGCGAGAAGCCCUUCGCCUGCGCGCGCUGCGACAAGGCCUUCCGCUUCUCGUCGGCGCUGCUCCGCCACCAGCGCACGCACACGGCCCAGCGGCCCUACGCGUGCGGCCAGUGCGCCAAGGCCUUCACGCAGGCCGCGCACCUGUCGCAGCACCGCGGCGUGCACACGGGCGAGAAGCCCUUCGCCUGCGCCGAGUGCGGCGCGCGCUUCAGCCAGAGCGCCUCGCUCACCGAGCACCGGCGCAUCCACACGGGCGAGAAGCCCUUCGCCUGCGCGCAGUGCGGCAAGGCCUUCACGCAGGUGUCGCACCUGAGCCGCCACCGGCGCACGCACACCGGCGAGCGGCCCUACGCGUGCGGGGCCUGCGGCCGCGCCUUCAGCAACCGCUCGCAUCUGGUGCAGCACCACCUGGCGCACACGGGCGCGCGGCCCUACAAGUGCCCGGAGUGCGGCGCCGCCUUCGGCCACGUGUCCUCGCUGCUGGAGCACCAGAAGGUGCACACGGGCGAGAAGCCCUUCCGCUGCGGCGACUGCGGCCGCGCCUUCAGCCACGGCUCGUCGCUGACGCUGCACCGGCGGACGCACACGGGCGAGCGGCCCUACGCCUGCCCCGAGUGCGGCAAGGCGUUCAGCAACCGCGCCUACUUGGUCCAGCACCACAUCGUGCACACCGGCGAGAAGCCCUACGAGUGCGGCGGCUGCGGCAAGGCCUUCAGCUUCUCCUCCGCGCUCAUCCGGCACCAGAAGACGCACGCCGCGGGCAAGAAGGCGGGGGGACCGCGCGGCCCCAGGGCCGCAGCCGCCUCCACACCCGAGCUCCCGGCCGGAGGAGGAGCCUGCUGACCUGACAGCGGCGAGCCUGCAGAAACCUCGGUGUUGGUGUGGUUGCUGUCAGCCGCUCAGGCGAGCCCGACUCUUGGCGACCCCGUGGACUGCAGCACGCCAGGCUUCCCUGUCCUUCAGUAUCUCCCGGAGGUCGCAAACUCAUGUCCACUGAGUCGGUGAUGCUGUCUAAGCAUCCGCUCCUCAUCCUCUGUACAUGGUAGGACACGUAACCUUGGUGGACCAGCCCACGAAUGAAGGCUGAGGUCUCCGGGGACCCCCUACAGGCGGGGCUCACUGAACCUUCUCUACCUCGUGCUCAGGCUCUUGGCUCCGGCGAGGAGACAUACCACCGCCCCGGUGAUGCCCGUGAGGAAAGCGAGGCUCUGAGAGGCUCCGUGAGGUUCUCUCCUCACUUGAGGCUGACAUGCCAGUGCCAAGAUCAAGCCCACAUCUGCCAGUCUCCCUGGUUCAAAAUCAUAGAGAGAAUUGUGUGUGUGUGGUCGCUCAGUCGUGUCCGACUCUUUGUGACCCCAUGGACAGUAGCCCGCCAGGCUCCUCUGUCCAUGGGAGUCUCCAGGCAAGAAUACUGGAGUGGGUUGCCAUUUCCUCCUCCAGGGGAUCUUCUUGACCCAGGGAUCAAACCCUCAACUCCUGCAUUGCAGGCGAAUGCUUUACAACUGAGCUUUACACCAGGUAAGCCCAUAAAAGGGUCAGCUAACUCAGAUAAAGAUAAAUGUUAUGGACAGGAUUUUAAAAGAUAUGGGGAAGUCAUUCUGUCUUAUAUGUGAGUUAAUUUUAAUUUUACUCUAACUAAAAUCCUUCAAUACUUUGGCUACCUAAUGCGAAGAACUGACUCAUUGGAAAAGACCCUGAUGCUGGGAAAGAUUGAAGGUGGGAGGAGAAGGGGACGACAGAAGAUGAGAUGGUUGGAUGGCAUCACUGACUCAAUGGACAUGAGUUUGAGCAAGCUCUGGGAGUUGGUGAUGGACAGGGAGGUCUGGCCUGCUGCACAUGGGUUCGAAAAGAGUCUGACACGACUGAGCGACUGAACUGAACUAAAAUAGCUUGUUUGCGGUGUAUCAAAUACGCAUUGUACAUCUGCUUUAAUUAUAAAAGGGGACAUGGACCAGAAGUAAAGCAUGUGCUGCCUCCCUUCCUGGGACGCCAGUGCUGGUACUCCAUCACUAAUACUUCCUUCCCAGGUGCCAAGGCCAUACUGCCAAAGCAUCAGGUAUGCAUGGCGGUCCGUUUGUUUUGAAAACUUGAAGAAACAUAUCCCUGACUUGUUUAACGUUUUGUUCUGACAAUACGUAAAACUGCUGAAACCCAUGUUUCUCUGGAGCAAUUUCUCAGAAUGAUCUGGGAGACUGUCUACUGGGUUGUAGUCCUCAGUUUGACUCAAAUAAAACUCUUUCCUAUUUUUA